AACGCCUUUAAUUUAUGGUGACGCCAUCUCUCACAGCACAAAGUCGAUCAGUUGUACGCAGCACGAUUUGCCUUCUCCCCUAUAAAAAAAGCCCCCACCCCAUAUCCCUUCUUCCAUUCUAAUCGUCUUUUUUUUUUUUCCUCAUUUUCUCUUCAAUUUCUCUUUUCAUUUUCCCAUGGCCAAGGAGCUCGAAGAACUCCAAGAAUGCGACGUCAUUUUUCCCGACCACCACGACCGGCGGCAUCACCAACUCAACCAAGACAGUGCUUUCUCAGAUUUCCAAGAAAUGGGUCGCCAUAAUAAGUCCAAGAAGUCCAACUCUGAGAAGAGAAUGGCCAACUCGCCUCCCGUCCGUAUCCCGGAUACAAUAUUCCGCCGCUUGGUUAGCGAUGACCUUGAAGACGCACGGGAAGACGGGGAAAUGGUACCUCCCCACCUUAUCAUAAAGCGGCGAAUCACCAGUAAAAUGGCUUUCUCGCUUUGCACCGGCAACGGGAGGACCCUCAAGGGCCGGGAUUUAAGCCAUGUUCGGAAUUCGAUUCUCAGAAUGACUGGCUUUUUAGAAACGUGACGACUGAUGUUUUAAUCUAUGAGCCUAUGACCAUUACCUGUAUUAAUCCAUGACCGCGAGGCCGCGACUAUUUUUUUUUUUUCUCAUAGAAAUGCUACGCACAGUAAAAAGGAAAAUGCUUUCAUUCUGCACUGUUGUUCUUGUUCUUAUCUAAUUAUUUUAGAAAUUGGGGAUUAAUGUCAUUCAUUAACAUAUAUAUCAAAAUUCGGAAUAAGAAACUGAAUUUAGUCUUA